AAUAUGAAAUAAUGGGGGAAAAGUGCUGUGACAUGGAGCUGUAGAUUGAAAUGCGGUAUUUUACUUAAGAUAUAAACACUUAGGCAGAAUCUCUUCGAGAACAUUUCAUUGAGAAGAUGUUUUACAUUUGACGACAGCCGUUUUGGUUCUUAGCCCUGAAUCCACGGCGACGUUAUAUGAGUUUAGACAGUUUGUUUAUAUAGCUAGCUGGCUAACGUUUGCUAGCUUAAAACUUUACUAGCAAUACAUGUGAUUAGUGACUGAACCUAACCAGCAUGGGCUUGCCUGGACUAGGAUGUUUCAGCAUGGGCCAGUUUGGUGAUGUGAUUCAAUCUCAGUCAUGGUGCAGGAGAAAGAGACGAAGUGUCACAUUUAUGUUUUGACACUCCCAAUCUGAAGCUGUCAGUCCUGCACACUUGCUUUGCAAAAUCCAAGACAAAAUAAAAAGAAUAGAGCAUGGAGAGAGAGGAAGAGUGGAUGCGAACAUCCACGGGAGAUGCCGAGGCACAAGACGAGGAAAGGCAAGAUCAUAUAAAGGCUACAGGUCUUAAAGAAGUGAUGACUGUGGAAAUGGGUUUUGAAGAACCUGGCACAAUGUCAGAUUUGGAUCAGCGACUGAGAAAAUCUGCACAGGGUGUAGACGGACCUGAAGUGGCACGGAAAGGAUCAGUGUUUGUUCAACGACAUGGAAAUGGAGAAGAUUUCCAUGCCUUUACAUCUCUCUCUUGCAGCUCCUCUUCUUCCUCAUGCCCCUCUCCCUCUGCUUCCCUCUCCACUUUAUCUCUCUGUUCUUCAUCUUCGCAGCCCUCUCUCACUCACCCUCUUGAACCCUCAAUGAAUUUGGAUGCAGUGUUGGUGGAUGGGAGACUAGUGUUGGACGUGUAUCAACGUGGGGGUACAAUGAUGCCCGCUCUGUGGGAGAGUGCUCCAGAGCGGAUGAAGCUGGUAAAGUAUGUUCGACUGGGCUCAGAGGAUGAGGAAGCGAUGGAAGAUGCACUCAGUGUUCUCCCUCAUCUCACCCAGCUGCGCUCAUUAGCUAUUCGAGGUCACCGCUUCUAUGAUGCCCAAGGUGAACCCCUUCCUGGCCUGUUGACCUCUCUCCCUCCCUCUCUCUCAUGUUUUUCACUCCUUGUCCACCUGGAUCUCUCUUUCAAUCGCCUGUCUUCUCUCCCACUCUGCUUGCUCUCUCUAUGUAACCUUUCUGAGCUCUUACUCUGCCAUAACCUUCUGAUCAGUCUGCCUGCAGAAGUGGGUGGCCUGGUGUCCCUGCGCCGUCUCAGCGUGCUGGGAAAUAAACUGGAGACUCUACCUUCACAGCUUGGACUUUUGCAUGCGCUACAGGAACUAGACAUGUCCUACAACCAGCUGGCAAGUCUGCCUGAUGAGCUUGGCAUGCUGGAAAACCUACUCACGCUGGAUCUCUCAUCCAACAGGCUUCGAGAGCUGCCCGAAACAUUGGGUUCUUUACACUCAUUAAGGGUGCUGGCAAUCCACAGUAAUGAGCUGAGGAUCAUCCCAGAGUCGUUGAAAACCCUCCCUCAUCUAACCAGACUUGAUAUACGAAAUAAUCCAGUGGGCCGACCCCCGACUCCCCCACCACUCCCUCCUGCACCAGCAGCUGAAGUUAAUUCUCCAAUACCAGAGUUACAUCUUGCCUUCAACAAACACAAGUUUUCGGUGUCUCCUACUGGAUGUCAUGUGUUUCUCCCUGGUGGAGGAGAGCUCUUGUUUCCACGGGGCUGUGUUAAAGUCUUUACACAGUUUAAAUGGGCAGAAAGAAAACCGGACAGGAAGUGGAUAUGGCUUGAGGAGCAUGAUUUCCUGUUAAGUCGUCCAUUGGAACUGCUUCCGCAUGGUGUUACAUUUGACAAGCCUGUAGAAGUGUGUAUUCCCUACCACAGGACUCAAAGAGGAGAGGUGAUAGUGCGCAGGUAUGAUGGUCACUCCUGGAGUACACUACCUACCCAGACCAGAAGAGGAAGCCACAGGCACAGCUGUAGGCCAAAGGGACGACCUGCUCGGCUGGCAUGCUGCACCGUGACGCACUUCUCCUGGUUUGUAGCUGUCUCUCGUCCUGUCAGAGACGUUUGCUCGGUUUUGCCAGAGGGAGCACUGCUGGUAUCUAGCUAUGACCCUGGGAUCAAACUUACUUUUCCUCAGAACUGCACAACACAUGCACGUGCUGUAACACUGCAGGUGCUGCAGGUGGCACAGUCUGUGGUACAGGAUCUGACUGGAGACCAACAUGCCAGUUCUAGUCCCCUCCUCUGUCUCUCCCAAACUUCCAAUAUGGACUUUCUCCAGCCAGUCAAAGUGCAGAUCCCGCUUCCACCUGGACUUACAGCUCUUACAGUGGAUAUGUCGAGGCUGCACCUUCUGCAUGGUGACCCUGUGGCUCACACCUGGACAGAUGUCACUGCUCAGGUGUCUCUACACAUCACACAUCUCUAUGCCAUCUUUUCUGUCACACAUUUCUCAUGGUACUGGUUAUGGUACACUACUCACAGCUGCAUUAGUGGUGUGGUGAGGAAAGUGUACCACAGACUAAAGCAGUUCAGCGUUCAGUUUCUGGUUCUGCAGAGAAAAACAGACCUCGCACAAGUGUUGGUGCAGUGUCUGCCCUCAGAUAAGGUCGAUUGUAGGUUAUCUUCUCUAACAGAGCAGUAUGACGGCCCUCAACCUUCAGAUGUGUGUAACCUGUUGGAAGGAGAGCAGUUCUUUGCUGGUUUUGAGAGAGGCAUUGACAUCGCCUCUGAUCGACCAGACUGCAGAGACGGCAGACUGGCUUUCACCUUCUAUUCUCACCUGAAGAACAUCAAAGAGGUGCAUGUGUUCCCAACACACCAACAAGAGGGAAUUGUUCGAGGACAGGUAUCGUUCUACAGAGGCGAAGUCCCCAAUGACCUGCCAGAGGAAGUGGCUCGGAAAAGGAAAGGCCAUGACAGCCAGUGGUUGGCUACACUCCCCCUUAGACUUCCUAGUGGUGACCAGAAGGGCAGCGUGUAUGCAGAGCGGCAGUACCCUCCUCUGAACCUUGGGGAUCCUGAGAGCGGUUAUUUGACAGAGACCAACUUGCUGUCCAUCUCAUUACGCAUCAGCAAGGACUGGCGCAACAUUGGCAUCAACCUGGGCAUCAGCUAUAAGGAGCUGGAUCGCAUCCAGUUCAAACACAGAGAUGACCUAGGAGCCAUGGUGUUAGAGAUGCUUUUUCAUUGGGCAAGAGAGCAGGAGAAAGCCGGAACUGGAGCAGUUCCACGGCUGAUCGACGCUCUAAUUGAGAGCGGGAGGAGGGACCUAGCUGAAGAAGUGGAGGAUAUAGUGAAUCUGGGGAAAAGGAAGUACACAGAGUCCCUGGAGAGAGUGGGCCUAGAGUCAGAGACUCCUACAAACUCAACUCAGUCUCAAUUAAGCUGACUCGUGUAUAUACACACACACACACACACACACAGGAGAUGGAGAUGGAGACUUCUUCAGGUUCCAGAAUGCACAAAUCACAGUAAUGGUGCUGGCUGUUUAGAAACUGUGCUUUUAAUAUUUUAAAGAGCUAAUAAAUUAAUAUAAGACACGCAUACAUAUUUCUCUGUAGUCUCCCAGCUGUCAGCUGUUGGUGUGGCUGAGCUGCUUUUGGGCUGAAUCGGCUUCUCACACAUACCUGCUGAACAAACUAUUUCUCAUUUGCCUGUCUUUUAAAGCAUACAACAAUUCCUAACUUAAACUGGAACCAGACAAGUGUACUGAAAUGUUUAUAUCGCCAGUGUGUUUCAAACAUUUCUGAUAACUGACUGUUAAUGAUUUUUAUUUGAAUCGUGCCAAAGCUACACUAUAUGACCAAUGGCUUGUGGACAUGUGACGAUCACAUGCAUGUAUGGGCCUUGAUCAAAAAAAUAUUUAUUUUGUCUUAUUUUGGGUCACCAUACUUAGCCGUAUGUCCCGUCACUUUAAUCUUGUACAUACAGGAAUUUGACUUGCUUAUGGUCCUGUACAUAUAACACAAAAAACAAAAACACCAUUCUAACAAGAGAGCGUUCAUCGUGCUACGGUACUGCAAUUUUAUGUUGCUGGAAUUAGCCUAUAGAUCCCAAAAACUGUUUCAGCGUGACAGUGCCCCUUUGCCCAAAGCAUGAAAGACUUUGGGAUGAAUUUGAACUGCAACUACACACCAGGUCUCCCCAUGCGUCGUUGGCAUCUGAUCUUACUAAUGAUUCUGUAUCUGAAUGAAUAUGAGAAACAGCUACAUUUCAAAAACUAUGGCAAAGCCUUCACAGGGCAUUUAUAACGGC